GCCCACCGUCGACAUCCUCCAGGGUCCGCCCGGCAUCGGCCAUGGCGUCGCCGGCGCACAUCUCCGACACCGACCAGUGGAAGGCCCUCCAGGCGCACGUCGGCGCGAUCCACAAGACGCACCUGCGCGAUCUCAUGACGGACGUCGACCGAUGCAAGGCAAUGACGGCAGAAUUCGAAGGCGUCUUCCUGGACUACUCGAGGCAGCAUGCCACCACCGAGACCAUCGACAAGCUCUUCAAUCUGGCGGAGGGCGCAAAGCUCAAGGAGAAGAUUGACAAGAUGUUUAAAGGCGAAAAGAUAAAUACCAUAGAGAAUAGAUCAGUGCUCCAUGUGGCUUUGAGAGCGCCAAGAGAUGCAGUCAUAAACAGUGACGGUGUGAAUGUGGUCCCCGAAGUUUGGGUUGUUAAGGAUAAAAUCAAGCAGUUUUUAGAGACUUUCAGAAGUGGCUCAUGGGUUGGGGCAACUGGGAAACCAGUGACAAAUGUUGUCUCAGUUGGGAUUGGUGGUAGCUUCCUUGGACCUCUGUUUGUGCAUACGGCUCUCCAGACUGACCCGGAAGCAGCAGAAUGUGCCAAGGGCCGACAACUGAGAUUUCUUGCAAAUGUUGAUCCUGUUGAUGUUGCACGGAGCAUCAAAGAUUUAGAUCCUGCAACAACUCUUGUUGUGGUUGUCUCAAAGACCUUCACGACAGUCGAAACAAUGUCAAAUGCCCGAACUAUCAAGGAGUGGAUUGUCUCUUCUCUUGAGACAAGGAUUCAUUAUAGAACUUGUGCCAUGCUAUCUCUAUGAAGUGUGCAUUGGCAUCAUCAUACACCGGUG